AAGGGUCCGGAGCUGAAGAAGUCGGAGCUGCUGGUGCUCGACUCUAAGAGGAGUAACGCCAUAAACAUCGGGAUGACGGUGCUGCCGGCCGUCCACGUGAUCAAGACGGCCAUCCUCAACUUCGACGAGUUCGCCAUCAGCAAGGAGGGCAUCGAGAAGAUCCUGACCAUGGUCCCCACGGCAGAAGAGAAGCAGAGGAUCCAGGAGGCGCAGCUCCUCCACCCGGACCUCCCUCUGGGCUCAGCUGAGCAGUUCCUCUGCAGCCUGGCCUCCAUCAGCGCCCUGAGACCCCGCCUGCAGCUGUGGGCCUUCAAGCUCAACUACGAGAGCCUGGAGAAGGAGAUAGCGGAGCCACUGUUCGAUCUGAAGCUCGGGAUGGAGCAGCUCUCGACCAAUCAGACGUUCAGAAGGAUCCUCGCCACACUGCUGGCCAUCGGGAACUUCCUGAACAGCUCCAUGGCGGCAGGUUUUGAGCUGAGCUACCUGGAGAAGGUGGUGGAGGUGAAGGACACGGUGCACCGUCAGUCUCUCCUUCAUCACACCUGCUGCCUGGUGCUGGAGAAUUACCCAGAAUCCUCAGACCUGUACUCCGAGGUGCCCGCCAUCACGCGCUCCUCCAAAGUGGACUUCGAGCUGCUGUCAGAGAACCUGGUGCAGCUGGAGCGCCGCUGCAAAGCAUCAUGGGAGAAUCUGAAGCUGGUGACGAAGCACGAGACGAAGGCUUCGCUGAAGAACAAACUGACCGAGUUCCUGAAGGACUGCACUCAGAGGAUAGUGAUCCUGAAGGUGGUCCACCGCAGGGUCAUCAACAGGUUCCACUCCUUCCUGCUGUUCCUGGGCCAGCCCCCCCCCUCAGUGAGGGACAUCAGGGUCACCUCGUUCUGCCGGAUCAUCAGCGAGUUCUCUCUGGAGUUCAGAACCACCAGAGACCGGGUUCUCACGCUGAAGAGGAAACGAGCGACGCAUCGAGAGAGAACCAAGACCCGCGGGAAGAUGAUCACUGAGACGGAGAAGUUCUGCGGGGCUGUUCCCUCGGACCCCUCCCCCCCCCCUUCAGAGGAGCAGCAGGAGGAACACGAGAACAUGAAGAACAUCUUGACCUGCAGAACCUCCGAGCCCGUAAACCUGAGGAGGAGCCGGGCCGUCCGCAGUAUGGGUCGGGUCAGUCCCUCUCAGAUGUCAGCGGGUCGGGAGGACGGACCCGGUUGUCAUGACGACGCUACAGACGAGAUAAUGGACCGGCUGGUGAAGUCCGUGACCCAGAACCCGGCCGACAGGCCCGCCAGCCCCAAGAACCGCAAACGCUCCCGGGUCAACAGGAAGUCCA